CUUUCUUACUUCCUACAUGCACUAUGACCAAGUUGCAUCUGCCUUCUGCAGGCGAGCGGAGGUUGACGCCAGCUCGAUGACUCAUCGAUUACUUAUGUAGUCGGAGUUCUGAGAAACGCUGAAAUCACGUUUACAAAUUUUUAUGACGAGCGGUGGACUUCGAUUUAUGCGAGGACUUGACGCAGCGUCCAAACCAUGGAACAUGUCUGCAGUAACCCUAAUUAGUAAGUUGGUCUCAACCCUGCACUGCUCCUUGGAUAUUCCCCGAACUGGGUUUAUAUUGUUAUAGAGGAUGUAUAUAUAGGGCCCUAGUGACUGGCUAGCAUCCCAUCUACAUUCGCAUUCCUAACAACUAGUCGCCCCACGUAACCCUCAGAAGCUUAUCAAAGGACACAUGAUGACGAGUGGCAUGACUCCUGUACUUGUGGUGGGAGCAGGUCCAGCCGGCCUAACCGCGGCCUUGACGCUCGCCCGGAAUAAUGUGCCAGUGCGCAUCAUAGAGAAAGAACCCAAAAGCCGACGUGGCCAACGCGGCACGGGCAUCCACCCUCGCACAUUCGAAGCCUUCCACUUCCUGCGUGUUCCCGAGAUCCAUGAACGCGCAACCUUUGUUCCCCCAGUUCAGGAGCACAAGAAGGGUUCGCUGGAAUCUCUCAACACCUUCGCCAUGGUUCCUUAUACUGAACCCACUCCGGCGAUCCCAUACCAUAACAGCAAAUUAAUGGGUCAACCUACGCUCGAAGCAAUCAUGCUCCAGCACCUCUCCAAGCUCGGUUGCACCAUCGAGUUCGGCACUCGACUGGUUUCAUUCACCCAAGACGAGAAGUGCGUCAGAGCGAAAAUUGCCAAGCAUUGCGGCGAGGACGGGGAAGAAGUCGAAGAAGACAUAGAGGUGGCGUACCUGAUCGGUGCUGAUGGAGCGAGGGGUAUGACAAGGAAGCAACUCGGGCUUACCUUUCUUGGGACCACUCGGGAAGACAAUUUUAUUGUAUUGGGAGACAUCCGUUUGGAAGCCAAGGGCCUCGAUCGGGACCACUGGCAUUUUUUCGGCCCGAUGUCGCAAAAUAUGGUCGCACUUCGCCCCACUGAUGAACUUGGCAAGGAUGGAUGGCAGUUCAUCAUGACAAGUAGCGCAGUUGACCUGAAAGGGCUCGCCCAAGACGAAGAGGCUCUGGUGAACUGUAUAAAAGACUUCGUGGGCCUCGGAGACGAUGUUCAGAUCAAAGAGGUGAUGUGGGUCUCAGAGUUCAGACCCAACAUACGACUUGUGAAUAAGUUUGGAGUGGGAAGGAUUUUUGUUGCUGGAGACGCUGCCCAUGUACACAGUCCAACUGGCGGACAAGGCCUGAACUCAAGUGUUCAGGAUGCAUUUAACAUCGCCUGGAAAAUUGCAUUGGUCUACAAAGGCGUAUCGCCAGCAUCCCUCCUGGACACUUACACCGCCGAACGGCUCCCCGUGAUCACUGAAAUGCUCGGUUUUACCACCGAACUUCACGACCGCACAUUUGACCAGUUCAGUACCGACCAUACCCCACAGUCGACCGCCGAUGAAAACGGUGACCCAAAGCCGGUGAAAUCCAACUUUGAACGUGUAAUGAAUCGCGGAGGGAAGUUGCAAAUGCUGGGUGUGAACUACCGUACCAGCCCGAUCGUCGUCGACGAGUUCGCCCCCACUCCUAUGGCGGGAGUCGCGGUCGCACACAGCGCGUAUGGAGACACCCAGGAAGGUGUUCUGCGAGCGGGCGAUCGCGCACCCGAUGCUCCGGAACUUGUGCCUGUCAUCUCAUUUGGCCGUGCUUCACCCAACGUUUCGAGUGGCUCUCAGCCAAACGAAAUGGUUGGGAGUACCCGCCUAUUUGAUAUCUUCGUGUCAACACAUCACACUGUUAUCAUGUUUGUACCGUCCUUGGCUGUCCCUGACUUGCGGUCGGUACUGGUGGCACUAGACAAGAGUGUCCGGAAGGAGUUGGUGAGGCGCAUAGUUGUACUCCCCGAACCUUCCUCCGAAGCAGAUGGGCGGGUUGGAAGGACCUUUGAGGAAAAUCAAGGCAUCGACGCGGAAGUACUCGUCGAUCAGGCGGGUCAUGCGUACCGAGGGUAUAUCGUCGAAAAGCAGGAAGUCAAGGUCGUGGUCGUACGUCCGGAUGGGGUGGUCGGUGCGAUUGUGCAUGGUGCAGCAGGAUUGGCGCGGUACUUCGAGGGUGUGUUUGGGAAGGCGGAGGAGGGUAUGCGCGCCUGGUAGGAUCACCCGAAGGUUGGUCCUGAUACUUGCUCGUCAGUUUAUGCAAGGAUGACUUGUACAUAACCCCAAUUUCCAUACCCAUACCUAUAUUUAAAUCCCCCCCUCUUCAAAAAUCAACGUCGA